GGGUUUUCUAAACCUAACUGAUUCCCUGGUCUAAUUACUUACAUGAUCGAUCAGGCAAACGGCAGUUUCAACCAGAAAGGGGAUACGGAGGAUCAAUCGGGCAGCCACCCGUAGACAGCCCUGCCUUCAGCCACCGUUGUUGCUUCUUGGGCCAACUGCCAAGCGACGUGUGCACUCAAAUCUCCAACCGAUAAUCAGGAUGGAGCAACUUUUCCCUCUGCAAUAAACCGACAUCGGAGAGGGUCAGCCAGUCGGCAGUUCGCCACUGCUUGCAUUUUUCGUUGUCCUGUCAAUUCUCGCUUGGCUGUGCAACCAUCAGGAAAUGGCAGCCCUCCUUGAGAAACUACGACAGCGUCUCAACCCCCAACCCCGAAUCCAGCUUCUUUCCGACCUUCACCUCGAAGUUGGCCAGCAGUACUCAACAUUCACCUUCCCAGCCAAAGCCCCCUUCCUGCUCCUGGCAGGCGAUAUCGGCCGGCUAAGUGACUACGACGCCUACCGCAGCUUUCUCGAAACCCAAGCGGCCCGCUACCGCAAGGUCUUCCUCGUCCUCGGAAACCACGAGUUCUACGGCCUCACCCACGAAGCCGGCCUCGCCGCGGCGCACCGCCUCGCCGCCGAACCCACCCUGUCCAGCUCCCUCGUCCUGCUGCACCGCACACGCUGGGACGACCCGGACUCCGACCUGACCAUCCUCGGCUGCACGCUGUGGUCGGCCAUUCCAAGGGAAGCGUACCCCGUCGUCGAGGCCAGGGUCAGCGAUUUCAAGAAAAUCGACAGCUGGACACCGCAGAAACACAACGACGUGCACCGGGACGAGGUCGCCUGGCUGGGUGAGCAGGUCGCGCAGCUCAAACCCCAACCUAAACUGGGAAAUGCGAAGCCACGCCGGCUGCUCAUUGCGACGCACCACGCGCCAUGCGUUGAGGGCACGUCGCGGCCGGAGCACGUGCGCAAUCCCUGGACGCCGGCGUUUGCGACGGACCUGUUGGACCAGGACGGGUGGGGUGGUGCUGUGAACGUGUGGGUGUUUGGGCACACGCACUACUCCACUCGGUUGAUGCGGAAUGGGGUCCGGCUGGUGUCGAACCAACGGGGAUAUGUCCUUCCUGGGAGUGCAGCGGCGCAGAGGGAGGACGGGGGCUGGGGGAACAAGGGGAAUGAGGGGAAGGGGUUUGAUGCUGGGCUGGUUGUCGCGGUGUAGUCAAAAGGGAGAUUUGGUGCUGAGAGAUGGCUUGUCUUCUUUCUUAGACUCUGGGGUCGACACUAUUUACAUAGCUCGAAUUUGGCCCUCAAAAAAAAUGCUGGCACGGCACCCCAAGAACGCAACCACAAAAAGUCUGGUGUGCCAACCAGAAAAACGACCGUCUGUUGGGAAGGCACACUGGCCACGCGCCCCCUCCCCUCUCGCAGGCAAGUAGGGAAUCUCAAACAAAGAGCGGUGUCUCGAAAUUUAAAUCAAGCAGCCAACCAACCCCGCCGCACAAAACCUGCAACGCGCCUUGCCGCUCCUCGAGUAGUCCAAGUUUUCUU